AUGCUGAGACAGAAUAAGGCUUACCUGGGCCGGACCCAGCUGUAUCCGGAGAGAUUCCACGAGGGAAUUGCGUCCCUGAGACUCAAGAACGUCCAGCUGGCGGAUGACGGGGUCUACACCUGCCACGUCAAGCCCCAACUGGGCACAUUUUCCGUGCGGAUGAGAGUGACCGUGGAGAAGGGUGCCAGGUGUGUCUGGUUCUAUUGGGCACCUCUUCCUCUUCUUCUUCUUCCUCUUUCCCUGUUGGUAAUGCUUAUCAUCAUUAAAAUGCGUCGUCUUCCCGGCCGAUGGAAACUGAGGACAUCCAAACACGCCUUUGGAUUGGAGGCUGACUAUGAGGAGGGAAGAGCGCAGCCGGAAGCCUAUUUCUUGUGGGACUUAAGAGUGGAUGAUACCAAACAGACUCUAGAGUCCCGGCAGACGCCAGCCUGGGAUGAAAGACACGCAUGGGAGAAGCCUGAACAGCCAGAAUUCUCCCGUGGAAAGUCUCCUGCAAAGGAAAAGGAUCCCAGAAAUAUUGCCCAGAAGCCUAGCAAAAAAGGCAAACUGCUGGGCUCUGACGGGGACAGCGCCGAGUCCUGGAUCUACACGUUUACUUCUGACGCGAGUGACCUUUCUGAAGCAGAUUCUGCAUGGCAGGAGGAUGGGGGGUCAUCACAAAACCCCAUGCGAAGCGUCGCUCUCCUGGGGCAGACGGGCGCUGGGAAAUCAUCCUUUGUCAAUGCCAUUAGAGGCCUGGGUGAUGAAGAGGAAGGUGCUGCUAAAACCGGGGUGGUGGAAACAACAAUGGUACCAACUUCUUACCGGCUUCCCAAACAGCCCAAUGUUACAAUAUGGGACCUGCCAGGGUUCGGGUCGAUGACGCGUCAAUCAGACAUGGACCAGGAUCUCUUCAGUUUGAGCCAAUACGAUGUGUUCCUCAUCUUCUCCUCCCGUCACUUCACAGCCACCCACGCUGGCCUGGCCCGGAAGAUCCAGCGAGUGGGGAAGAAGGUUUAUUUUGUGCGCUCCAAGGUCGACAGGAACUUGCUUGCUGCCCGGAGGAAUCGGCCUUCUACCUAUAAUGAAGAGCGAAUUCUGCAGGGAAUCAGAGACACCUGCGUGAAAGACUUGCAGAGAGAAGGGGUGACUUCCCCACAGGUCUUUCUCCUGUCUAACUUUGAAUAUGGCCGGCACGACUUUCCUCUCCUAGAGGAAAUAUUACAGCAAGAAUUUGGGAGUCGUUUGGCUGGCUGAGCUCUUGUUCCCCAAAAAUCUUGCACAAGGAAAAAGCAGCCAUGCAGCGUCAGAAACCAGCCCUUGCUUCAAGUUAUAAUACUGAAAAUAUUCAUAUAAAUCUCCAAAAGGACCUGGCAGAACUAGAGGGGGUUUAGAGAAGGACCAUGAGAAUGAUCAAGGGAUGAGAAAAGCGUGCUUAUGGAGAAAGAUUGAAAAAAAAUUGGGGUUCCCUGAGAAAGGAGACGAAGAAGAGGGGACAGCAUAAAAGUCUGUAAAAUAAUUACUGGGACAGAGAAGUGAGAUCCGGAGCUUCUGUCUUCCCUGUCCCCUAACACAAGAGCAAGGGAGCAUUUAAUAAAAGUAAAGGUUGGGAAAUUCAAACCCAAGGAAAGGAGCUCCUUUUUCACACAGAGUGUGGAACUCACCUAAAUUCCCUCUAAGCUGUGCGGCCAU